AUGUCUUACGGGACAACUGUAACUGCAGAAGACAUUUUUACAGCUGCUAAAUUGGGAAAUAUUGAAAACUUGGACACUGCUUCAAUUAAUUGCACAAAUUGGAUUGGCCAGACAGCGCUAAUGUUAGCUGCUGAAGCCGAGAAUUUGUUAGCAUUAACAAGGCUACUAAAAGCGGGUGCUGACCCUAAUGUACAUAAACGUUUACGUUUUGACUGUCCCUGGACAGGAGUUCCUAUCAUCCGUGUCACAGCACUAACAUUAGCUAUGAAAAAUUUCGACAUAGAAUGUGUAAAAGAACUGAUAAGGGCUGGAAGUUUCUUUGAUUGUUAUCGAGGAUUGGAUGCUUUAGAGAUGGCAAAGGAUUAUCAAUUCAUGGCUGCUAUUGCUGAAGGAGAGAAAGUAAUGAAACAAUAUCUUAAAGAUGACUCUGACCAACCAGGGACCGCCUUUUAUGUGGCUUUUAUUAAUAGACGUAUUGAUUUGCUCCAAGAUUUAAUAGACGGGGGAGUUCCUUUCAAUUUAAAAUCAUUAGCUUGUGUAGCUGCAACGCAAAAGGAAGCUCUGAUUAACAUGCUACCUCUUUCACCUCAAAACAAUCCUAGGGGAAUAGUUGAAAAUUUAGAGGCACUUCUUACACAAGCAGUACAAUUGCAGGAGAUAUCGAUUGUAAAAAUUCUAAUUAAAAAAUACUCUGAUCUUGAUAUUGUGAAUUUCUUAAAAAAUAAAGCUCUUCAGGUCGCUUGUAGUAACGAUAGCGUUGAGUUAAUAAACGCACUGUUGGUUGGGGCUAAAAUGCAAGAGUUUAGUUGUUCUUACAUAGAAAUAGUUCAACUGCUUGUAUCAUCCGGUGCGGAAGUAAACUUGGUUGAUAAAGACGGCAGUACAUUACUUAUAAAAGCUGUUCAAUCAAAACAAAUGGAGAUCGUCAACUUUCUUUUAGAAAAGAAAGUAAAUAUCGACCAAGUAGACGAUUCUCAGAGUACAGCUCUUCAUUAUGCCUGCAUGUCAAAUAGUCUAGAAAUAGUAAAAUUACUUGUGAACGCUGUAGCUAAAGUUGAGGUCUAUAAUAAGGAAAGUUUGACACCUUUCUCCAUAGCAUGUAAGAUAUCCAAUAUAGACAUGAUGAAGCUUCUUAUCAAUGCAGGCUCGGAUAUAAAUUGUGUAGAUACUUAUGAACGAACGCCUCUCAUAAACUCUAUUAGGGAAGAAAAUCAACAAGAUUCUUUGAAUAACUUAAUAGGGUGUUUUCAUUACAGUGCACCUACAGUGCCUACUACGGAAAGUCACUUCGAUCUCACACAAUUUUUGCAAGAACAUGAAGCUUAUUAUUCAAAUGUGGACAAAGACGAAAUGACAGCCUUGACGUGGGCAGCUAAAACAUAUAACGAACAAGUCUUUGAUCUUUUGAUUGAGCUUAAACCUGAAGUUAAUUGUGUUGACCUACAACAGAUGACAGCAUUAGCUUAUGCGGUGAUGAGCCGUAACGUUCAGAUGGUAGCCAAGUUGAUACAAGCUGGAGCUGAUGUUAACAUCGCCACUAAUUGUCAAGUAGAUAUUCAUAAAGAUUCUUUUAUAGCAUGCAGUAAUGAACACGGCAGAACACCUUUACAUAUCGCAGCUGCUAAGAGUUAUUUGGAGAUUUUGCAAUCUUUGUGCCGAUUUGGUGCAAAUAUAAAUGCUGUGGACAAUUGCGGAAGUUCACCGUUGUUUCGUGCCUUGAUGUUUAAAAACAAAGAUGCAUCUAAAUAUUUGCUAGAGUGUGGAGCUGACGUAAACUUGACAUGUGAUUCUCUAUGCUCGCCUUUAUUUGUUGCUGUUUUAUAUAACGACACGGAGCUUGUAAAGUUGUUGAUACAACAUGGCGCGAUUUUAGAUAUGGACGAGUAUUCCAAGCUAAUGGUUGCACUUGAACAUAGAAACGUUGAUGUGACAAUUGCUUUAUUAGAAAAUGGAGCAGAUGCUAAUACUAGAGACAUUAAAAAGACACCUGCACUAACGAUAGCCAUAAAACAGUAUAUUGGUCGUUACAAAUUUGCUACACCCGUUCUGAAAGCAACAUAUGAGUAUCAACCUUUAGGGACAACAAAAACCGAUGAUCAACCCGUAGGAACAACAACAACCGAUGACAAAAAAAAUUUGUGGAGAAAUGAAAUAAAGCUUGUAGCUGAAUCAUUUUUAAACAAUGGCGCCAAUAUUUCAGCCACUGACGAUGAAGGUAACACUUGUCUACACAUAGCGGCUGAGGUUUGUUGCGUAGAUGUCUUGGAGCUGUUUGUAGCCCACAAAGCUGACGUCAAUGUACAGAACGCAAAAGGUGAGACGCCGUUAAUGAUGGCGUGUCGUCAUUGUGGUGAUGUUGAGGCGGUCAGUUAUCUUCUCUCUGUUGGAGCUAAUGUAAUGUUGUCGGAUGAAAACAAUGAUACAGCCUUGCACCACACGAUCUUCAAAGGAUAUGCAAUGCGGGGCUUAAGGAACGUGAUUUCAGACACGCUUCCAUGUAUUAUUACACUUUUAAUUGAAAACAAUGCAAACAUCCACGCCCGUAAUGGACAAGAACAUGGAGCUGAUAUUUCAAAGGUGAACAAAGACGGAAUGACAGCCUUGAUGUGGGCAGCUAAAACAAAUAACGGGAAUGUCCUUAAGCUUCUACUUGACCUUAAGCCUGAGGUCAACUGUGUUGACCUCCAACAGACAACAGCCUUUGCUCAUGCAGUGAUGAGCCGUAACGUACAGAUGUUAGCCAAUUUGAUACAAGCUGGAGCUGAUGUUAACAUCGCAUCUAACUGCCAAGUAGAAUGCAAUGCAAUUUGUAUCUUAUUUUACAAACAUAAAGAGUUAACCAAAUAUUUGCUUGAAUGUGGAGCUGAUGUAAACUUGAUAUGUGAUUCUCUAUGCUCGCCUUUAUUUGUUGCUGUUUUGUAUAACGACACGGAGCUUGUAAAGUUGUUGAUUCAGCAUGGCGCUGUUGUUGACAAAGGCAAAGACUCGGAGCUAAUGGUUGCUCUUGGGUAUGGAAAUAUUGAAAUGGCUAUUGCUAUACUAGAAAUUGGAGCUAAUCCGAAUCUACGCGAUAAAAACAAUACACCGGCACUAAUGAUAUGUAUGAAACUUGCAAGUCAUAUAAAUGAUUAUAUUGUUAGUACACCUUCGAGAACCUUGUCUUAUUAUGAUAAAAUAAAAGUAUGGGAAAACAAAAUCAAGCAUUUAACCCAGUCAUUUUUGAGAAAUGGAGCAAAUGUUUCAGCUACUGAUGAUGAAGGCAACACUUGCUUACACUUAGCUGUUGAGAUUUGCAAGCAGGGUUUUUUUGUGGCUGUUUGUAGCCCACAAAGCGGAUGUUAA